UGUUUAUAUAAACCGAACGCAGUCUACGUUCAGUACAGAACAUCAUGGGCUUCGCACACCUUCUAACGUUGUUAAUCAUAGUGAGCAGCUCAAGCUGCUACUUGAUGCAGAACACUUUCAAGACUAGCUUCUACUGGUAUUCUCAGAAGUUCAAUGGUACUUUGGAUUUGUUUUAUAACUCGGAAAAGUUCGAGAAGAAUCUUGAUACCAAGAUCAUCAUACAUGGUUUUAACGAAAAUGUGCAAAUGCCCAUUUACAAGGAAAUGGUGCAGAAGUUUAUGGCAAAGGACAAUUUGAAUGUGAUCACAGUUGAUUACAGCUAUUACGACUGGCAGAACAACUAUUUAAAAAUCUUACAUGCAAUUCCUCAUAUUGGUUUUUACUUGGGUGAAUUGUUGGGCAGACUGAAGUUGUCCCGUUGUAUAACGUUGGGAAGAGUACAAAUAAUUGGGUACUCGACCGGAGCACAGAUCGCAGCUCACGCAGCAAGGAAAGCUAACCAGUAUACAAGAGGAGCGAAAGUAGGUAGGAUAACGGCAUUGAAUCCCACCCGUCCAGGAUUCGAGAGCAUCUUAGUCAAGGACGACGCGAAGUUGUCCGCCAACGACGCCCGCAUCGUUGACAUCCUUCACACGGACCGCAACCUAGGCUACGCCGAGUCCCAUGGAUCGGUCGAUUUCUACCCCAACUUCGGAGACAAAAUACAGCCGGGCUGCAAACUGGUAGAGGAGAAGAAGAUUUACGGAGUCGGCGAGAAGGACGGCUGGAAACAGGUCCUUUUGUACGACGAUUAUUGCAGCUUGAAGAGGAGCGCCCUUAUAUAUGCUGAAUCAAUUUACUCGGAUAAAUUUAUUGCUACGAAAUGCGAGUCCUGGGAGAGAUACACGGCAGGCGACUGCGACAAUAACGAGAAAAUAAUAUACGGAGAUGAUAUGCCGGGUAAUGCAGAGGGAUCCUAUUAUUUCAGGACGAAUCCUCAGAGCCCAUACGCUCUUGGAAAAUAAUCCAAUUUGAUAUUAGUAAUGUUUUAUUAUUUUUUAGUUCCCGAAAAUUAUAUUGUAUAUUUCAAAAAGUGUACCAUUCCUUCUUUUAUACUUGUAAAAUAACUAAUUUGAAAUAAGA